UUGAUAUUUUUUAUUAACAAGUUUGUCAUCCGAUUUUAGAAAGACAAAAAUAUCGACCACUCACCCAAAAACACUGACAAACAAUUGAGUUGAGAGUUGGGUCAGAAAGCAAUGCAAGCAAAUGCAAUGCUGCAACUACACUCAUACUGGGGCCUUCAUCUCAAUCUGAAUCCCAAUUCCAAAUCAUAUUCUCUUCCCCCGUCGUCGACCCGCUUCAUCAAGUUCCGUACAUCCCACCGUGAAAAUCUCCGCUACCUCAAAACCAUCGGCAUAAUCCAUCCCCAUACACCCCCCAACAAGCUCCCCCUUCCUGACCACGUCGAUCACAUCAUCGCCGCCGUCCAUUUUCUCAAAUCCAAAGGAUUCUCCGACUCCCAUUUCUCCAGACUCGCCUUCCUCCGCCCUCAACUCUUCUCCCCUAAAUUCGACCCAACACACGUCGAACCCGUCUUCGAUUUCCUCGCCGCCGAUGUCUCCGCCUCGCCGGAGGCGUCCUGUAGCAUUAUCCUCCGGUGCCCCGCGAUUCUCUUCUCCGACGUCGAGUACUGCCUCCGGCCGACGCUGGCAUACCUCAGGGAGUUGGGUUUGAGCGGCCUUAAUUCGGCCACGAACCUGAAUGCACAUCUACUCAACACGCGCGUUGAGAAGCUCAGGGAGAAGGUGAGGUUUCUGCGAAGCAUUGGGCUUUCGUACGAAGAGUCAGGUAGGGUUUGCGCACGGGUGCCGGCGAUAUUCGGUUACAGUAUCGAGGAUAACUUGAGACCCAAGCAUGAGUAUUUGGUUUGGGAGAUGGAGAGGAGCUUGGAGGAAGUGAACAAGUUUCCGCAGUACUUUGGGUUCAGUUUGGAGAAGAGAAUAAGGCCAAGGCAUAUCCAUUUGAAGCAGAGAAACGUUCACAUUCCUCUCAACAGAAUGUUGCUAUGGGGUGACCAUAAGUUUUAUGCAAAAUGGAAAUAAUUAUUUAAACUGCUAUCACUUUUGUAUCAUUAUUUAACAGGUUGAUUUAUGUCACAUGGUAAUCAAAACACAAAUUUGUGCU